AGCCACGGGCAGGGCGCGACGCCGGCGGCGUGGGGUGGGCGGGUCCCGGGUGGCGGCGCGGGGACGCGGACCAGGCUAGAGGGGCGGGGCGGGGUGAGACCGCGGAGCGCUGGCGUCUGAGCUGCAGCCGGCGCCGCACGUCCACGGCCGGGGCAGAAGGCUGGCUGGCUGGACGCCGGUGCGCGCGGAGCCGGGGUGCGGCGGGUGAGAAGCGGGAAAAGCCGGUGUCCAGUCCCGAGGCCGACGGUGUCCUGCGUCCCACGGAAGCCACGGUGCGCACUGGGAAGGCUGGCGGGAACGUAUCUGCGCCGCCCGGGGCUGCUCCGGUGAUCCUCCGGGUCUCAACAAUCCUUCGAGAGUAAGAGAUUAUGGGCUGAGGUCCAUUCAGCCAGGAAACCUAUCAUCGAAAGUUCCAGCAGUUUCCCCACCAGAAGCUGCCACCCCCAGUCAGGCUGGCGCCAUCAUGCCUCAGCAGCUCCUGAUCUCCCUGGCCACUGAGACCAGCACCUGGGCGAGGUCGAACCAUCAUCCCAGGAAGACGAAGGAGAGGGUGUCCCUGUGGCAGGAUGUGACAAAAAGGUUUGAAGAAGCUCUGCCAUCCCAUGAUGCUGAUGGGACGCAACAAGAAACCUUAGCUGAUGGAGCUAGCCCUGGCAUUCCCGAAGCGGAACCCCAGGAAUCGUUGACUUUCAAGGACAUAGCUGUGGACUUAUCCCAGGAGGAGUGGGGGCAGCUGGCUCCUGCAUACCGGGAUUUGUAUCGGGAGGUGAUGCUGGAGAACUACAGAAACCUGGUGUCAGUGGCAGGAUAUCAACUUUCCAAGCCUACUGUGAUUUCCCAGUUGGAGAAAGGAGAGGGACCAUGGACGACAAAGAGUCACGGCCCAGAGGAUCCCAUUUUAGAUGUGAAGAAUAAACUAAAAAUCAAGGAGUCAACUGCAAAGGAUGACAUUUCUGUCAAGCUCUACCAUGGCAUCAUGAGGGGAAGGCUGACAGAGGAUGACAUAGUUUGUUCUCUAUUGAAAAAAGCCUCCAGCUACGAUGAUACAUUAGAGAGGCACCAGGAAACCUGUGGGAAAGGCACGAGACAAGCCAUUUGGACCCACAAAAAGAAACACCAAGAAGUGAACAAAUUGGAAAACCCGGAGAGUUCCAAUGUUGUUUUAGAACAGAAGCACCGUAAAUACAAACCAGCCAGAAAGAGGAACAAGUACAAAUUAGAUUCAGUUAAUCAUCCAGUGAGCUGCAUGAGAACCAGAAGGUACCCAUGUACUGUAUGUGAGAAGAUGUUCAAACAACCCAUUCACCUUGUGGAGCACAUGCGAAUUCAUACUGGUGAGAAACCAUUCAGGUGCGAGAAGUGUGGGAGGGCCUUUAGUCAGAGCGCAUCUCUUAAUACGCACCAGAGAAUCCACACUGGUGAGAAGCCCUUCGAAUGUGAGAAGUGUGGCAAAGCCUUCCGAUAUCGCUCAUCGCUUAACCAGCAUCACAGGACUCACACUGGAGAGAAACCUUUUGCAUGUGAUAAAUGUCAGAAAGCCUUUAGCCAGAACAUCAGCUUGGUCCAACAUUUGAGGACUCAUUCUGGAGAGAAACCCUUUAGCUGCAAUGAAUGUGGGAAGCCCUUUCGACAGAUUCGACACCUUAGUGAACACGUGAGAAUUCACACUGGGGAGAAGCCCUACAAAUGCACGUCCUGCUGUAAAACAUUCAGUCAUAGAGCGUAUCUCACCCAUCACCAGCGAAUCCACACCGGGGAGAGACCCUACAAAUGUAAGGAGUGCGGGAAAGCCUUCAGGCAGAGGAUACACCUUAGCAACCAUAUGACUGUUCAUACAGGGGUGAAAGCCUAUGAGUGUAACCUCUGCGGGAAAGCCUACAGGCACGAUUCAUCCUUUAAGAAACACCAGAGACAUCACACCGGAGAAAAGCCUUACGAAUGUACUGAGUGUGGAAAGUCCUUCAGCUAUAACUCAUCCCUGAGCCGACACCAUAAAAUACACAGGAGGAAUGCUUUUCGAGAAGAUCCAGGGCAUGAGAACAAAAGACAACUCUAAAUUGGUGAUUCUGAGCUUUAAAAUUGCAGGACUCAAAUAAGCUUGAGAAAUUGAUAACAAAGGAGGCAACUUUUGAUUUUGCCAAAAGUGUAAAUAAAUACUCUGUUGAUUACUACUUCUGACACAGAAAAUGAUAAACAUGACAUUUUCACAAUUUUUUUCUCA